AUGGAAGCGGAGACUUCGAUUGGUAGUCAUGAAACCACCAUUGGAAGGCAAAAAUACGUUCUUGUGGAUACGUCUGGGUUUGACAACACCCAGCUCAGCGGCUCAGACGUGCUCCAGAUUUUGGUCGACUGGCUGCAAUCUACCUACCGCGAAGGCACCAAGCUCAGCGGCACUCUUUAUCUUCAUCGAAUAACGGAGGCGCGUAUGCACGGCUCGGCCCUCCGUAAUCUAACUAUGUUCAAAGAGCUAUGCGGCGACAACUUCUAUACCAACUUGACACUAGGCACAACCCGCUGGUCACUCGUCGACACUGAAGUCGCCGUGGCAAGAGAGAAUGAGCUUAAACAUAACAGUAGGUUCUGGAAGUCCAUGAUCUCACGCGGAUCAGGACUUGUCCGCAUUCCUGAUGAUGCAGAUGUGGCUCGUGAGCUGGUCGUAAAGCUCUCUUGCCAUACACCUACUACGCUCCAGAUCCAGGAAGCCGUCGACAGAACAACUACAUUAACUCCCAGACUUUGA